AUACGGGUCUUUCCUCGGUGGACGAGGCUUCGUGUUCAUCAACGUGUACUAACAUCGCGAGCAACAAUGACGCCGUGCCUCAUGUUCCACAAGAGCUGAGUGAAGAGGAUGAAAGAUAUGCAGCAGCAAAUUUGAACGAGACCGACGAAACGAAAGAGAACGCUGUCGCGGAGAUCAAACGCUGGAUCGAGGACGAACUGCGCAUACGAAUUGAUGACUUUUUUAUCCUGCGAUUUUUGCGAGUAUGCAAGUUUAAUCUUGAAAAAACUAAGAUGAGGAUACAAAAUUAUUACAAGCUACAAUCCACAUUACCAGAAUGGUUCAAGAAUAGAGAUCCGUUUCGACCAGAACUACAAGAACUGCUUGAUUUGGGAAUAUGUUUGCCUCUGCGGAAGCCAGAUAGUCAAGGAAGGUUGGUAGUUAUAAUCCGCAGUAAUUUACAUGAUCCGAGAAGAUACCAAAUAUCGGACAUAUUUAAGAUGUCUCUGAUAGCGAUGGAAGUGGCAAUAAAAUAUUAUCCCGCAGCAUCAGUGUACGGCUGCGUGAUGUUAAUAGACGUAGCCAAUCCAACACUGCAACAUAUUUUUCAACUACAACCCUAUAUAUUAAUGAAUAUAGUCCACUCGUGGCAAAGCUGCUAUCCUAUGAGAUUUCAGAAAAUUAACAUAUUUAAUGUUCCAACAUUUUUCAAUGUUGUUGUAAAUAUUCUGAAAUCGUUUAUGACGGAAAAAAUAAAAAAUAGAUUUCACACAUAUUCACACUCGCUCGACGACUGUUUUAAAGAUAUUUCUGCUGAAAUUUUACCCAUCGAAUAUGACGGCACUGAUGGUACAAUCCAGGAAUUAAAAGAUUAUUGGAAGAAACUAAUCGAAGAAAAUUGCGGCUGGCUUAAAAAUGAUAAUGACAGAAUUGAAUAAAACAUUUCGAAGCAGUAGCUUCAAAAUUGGAAGAAAACGUUUGUUCUUUGCGCACACUUCAAUGCAUUUGUUAUCGAACUAAUUAUACAUCGUAAUUAUUAAUUGCUCGUUGCGGGUCAAAAUGCGCUUUUAAUUCGCAUAGUAUGUAUAUAUAAUAUCGAACGCGUAUCCCGCGCUUAUAACUAUCAUCACGACGGUAAAGUCACUGAAAUGACAACAUCAGUUAUUAAUAAAGAUAAAAUGUUACUCGUUGCAGAAAUAAGUUAAUUUUUUUAUGCGACAAGCAUUAAAGUAUCGCGUGCAAUUUUUUUAUCGGGAAAGAUUUACCGCUAAUUUUUAUAAAAGUCUAAUAAUAGUAGAAUAUGUACGGUAUAAUUUUGUAGCACAUUUGGUUUUAUUUUACCAAAUAAAGGUGUUUAUACCAGGC